AUGGCCACUGUCAUUCAGCUGAAAACCAGCCAGGGCGAUAUCGAUUUGGAGCUCUACGUUAACCACGCACCUAAAACUUGCAACAACUUCAGCCAACUCGUGCAGCGCGGCUACUAUAACGGCGUCGCAUUCCAUCGUAUCGUGCAGGAUUUCAUGAUUCAGGGCGGUGAUCCAACAGGAACUGGUCGAGGCGGUACAUCGGUUUAUGGGGGUAAAUUCGAAGAUGAAAUUAACCCAGAAUUGCGCUUCACAGGCGCUGGUAUCCUUGCAAUGGCCAACGCGGGCCCGAACACCAACGGCUCUCAAUUCUUUAUCACGCUCUCCCCCACUCCCUAUCUAGACGGCAAGCACACCAUCUUCGGCCGCGUUUUGCGCGGUAUGCGCGUCGUACAGCGCAUGGCAAAUGUCGUCGUCGAUAAGGCUGACAGACCAAUCGAGGAUGUCAAAAUAUACAACGCAUCAAUCCAGCAAAUGAUUGAAUAG